CUCCUCCUCACUCACCCACCGACCACAAUGCCGCCCUCGACCGUCCUCCACGCGAUGGACUAUCCCGCCCUGGCGCUAGGCCACCGCGAGCCGUCGAAGCGUACCCUCGACCUCGUGGACCUCACAGUACACGUGUACGGCCUGGACGAGAUCCGCAACUCUCCCCUGCCCAUCAGCGUGAUCAUCGCGAGCCACGGCCGGUGCAAUAGCGUCAAGAACAUGCACUAUUUUGCUGUUGGCCUGCUCGGCGAGCUGCGCCGGCUCGAGCGCAAAGGCGACCGCGUCAAGACGCACGACGCGUUGGUGGUCACGCUGGACCAUCGUAACCACGGCACGAGGCUCAAGCACCGGACGGCCAACCUCGCGUUUGACCAGAACCCCGCGCAUCUCGCCGACAUGGCCGCGACCGUGUUCGGCGCAGUCCAGGACCACCAGUUCAUCAUCGAGUUCCUCCCCGUGUACCUCUUCCCGCGCGACGAGCGCGUCGUGACGCAGUGGAUGGCUACGGGGAUUAGUCUGGGUGGAAACACGGUGUGGCGGCUGCUUGCGGAGGAACCCCGGAUCCGCAUCGGCGUCCCCAUCAUCGGCCUCCCGCCCGACUCGUUCGUCAAGUACCUCUCCGCACGCGCCGUGUCCUCCGGCCUCGCCCUCGCCCCACCCACCUUCCCCGCCAGUCUGCGGCCGUGGAUGGAGAAGAAGGCAAAGCCAGGCGCAUACGACGGCAAGAAGAUCCUCACCCUCCACGGGGCCGGCGACGAGCUCGUGCCGUACCGCUAUGGCCAGGAAGACAUCCGCGCCGUCCUCGCCACUGCCGCGCCUGGCGACGUCGAGAUCUGGGUCCAGGAUGGCGUCGGACACAUCUGCUCGCCUGAGAUGCUCGGCCGGACCGCGCAGUGGUUCUGGCGCUGGGGACUGAGCGCGCCCAAGGAGGCCUAGAGCGCGGCGAUGGGCUAGUAGUCGGUAUUCCCAGCAUGCACC